CAUGGCUCUACUCCAUUGAAUAACAACCAUAAUCGUUAUUUAUGUAAACAAUAAUAUUUUUAUCAAACAACUUUUUUUGAUUUUGAACUAACUAAAAAAUCUAUACUUAUAAAUCAUAAGUAUUUUUAAUUAAAAAGACAUGGGUUCUCCGAAAAAGAGUAAAAAACCUCAAGGUGAUGUUGAUAAACAAUUGUCUACAGAUGUAAACAACUAUUUAAGUGUAACGCAAUCUUAUGAUUUAAUGCGAUAUAUUUUUUCUCAUAUUUCUGGUCGCGAACUUUGCAAUUCUUCGAAGGUUUGUAAGCUUUGGCGUGACGCAGCAUUCCGUGAACUAAAAACACGAAAGUCAGUUAUCCAGUUUGGAUCGCCAAAAAAUUUUUUCAAAACCAAUGGUCAUGCCAACAAAGAUUUUGACAAUAAACUCACCAAUAAACCGAUGCUUGGUCUUUUAUUUUCUUCUUCUCGCUGUAAAUUACCGGAAUGUUUACCUCCGCACGUACCAUCUUCAUGUGUCUGUUUGUCAAUAAAAAAUUACGGACUGAUCGUAAAUAGUACAGAGCACGAACAUGCACAAAAUUUAUUAGCUUACACAUUUUUACCAGAAGACCCUACGGUCAGUAUGAAUUUAUUUAUAGAAAGUCGCUGUAGAAGAAAAGCAGAAACAAAUUUACCACCCAAUAGUUACGCGGUAUCUGAUUUAAGAAGUUUGUUUGAAUUAGUAUUCAGUGAUACGCCGACGAUUACUAAUGUCAAGUGUAUUAUUAUUUUUGUUAUUGACAAUAAUCCAUUUAGCUUCGCUGAUCUCUCCUCGUAUAUCAAAGACAAUAAAAUCGCAUUUUGGGGUGGCGCAGUAAGAAAUUUUUCUUGUUCACUAUCCAGCACUACGGUGACCAAUACCAGUUUUAUGGGAAUCGUAAUUUCUGGUGAUAACGUCAGAAGUUGGUCGACUAUUUUAACUAGAGAUGACGAAACAGAAGAAUCUGUAGUUACUAAACUUACGGAAUUAAAAAAAAGGGUCCAAUUACUCAAACAUUCAAUAGGAUUAAUGUUCAGCUGUGUAGCUCGCGGGUCUGGAUGGUACGACGGAAAUAAAAAAAAUGUUGAGGCGACGAUAUUCAAAAACUUGUUUCCCACUAUUCCUCUGAUAGGGAGUUUUGGUAAUGGAGAACUGGGUUCUUACUCAUUCGAAGAUAAUUCAGAUGUAAAGAAUCGUCGUCCUUUUCAGCUUAAUCAUCAGUAUUCAACAACAAUUAUGAUUUUAACUUAUGGAAAAUAAAUAUUUAUUUAAUCUAUCAAUUAAUCAUUUAUAUUUUUUAUAGUCUUACCUAAGAUUAAAAAAACUGCAUAAAAUAUAAAUAUUAAAUAUUUCAAUUGAUUUUAAUAAAAAUAGUAGUUUGAUUAAUCAGACGUUAAAAAUACGUGUGAGCGUGUCUUGGUAUAAAAUUAUAAACAAUGAACUUUAAAAUGUAUGUUUUGUAAAUAUCAUCGGAAAAGGUGGACGACACGUCUUAAAUAACAAGCACAAACUGAGAUAUGGGAGUAUAUCGCUUGUUACGACUUAACUAGGUGUAGACCUGGAGAAUUUAAAUCUAUGAAUAAUUAAAAAUUGUAAAACCGAGUGUUGGGUACUACUUAGCAGUGUUUCCGCAUUUAAUGAUAAAAUAAAUAAAACCCUGGAGAUAAUGAAGUU